CAUCCGUCAGCAUGUCAGGGUCAACGUCUUUUCGAAAAGUUGCUCCAACUGACUUCGCAAAAUAUUGAAAUCAAGCUAGUGAGUGAUGUAACAGCUGAUUCAAAGGAGCUGAGGUGACCUAUAUGAACAUGACCGCCUACAACAAGGGCCGGCUGCAGUCCUCCUUCUGGAUUGUGGACAAGCAGCACGUGUACAUCGGCAGCGCCGGUUUGGACUGGCGAUCCCUGGGACAGAUGAAAGAACUCGGGGUCAUCUUCUACAACUGCAGCUGCCUGGUCCUAGAUUUGCAAAGGAUAUUCGCUUUAUAUAGCUCUUUGAAAUUCAAGAGCCGAGUCCCUCAGACCUGGUCCAAGAGGCUGUAUGGCGUCUAUGACAAUGAAAAGAAAUUGCAACUUCAGUUGAAUGAAACCAAAUCUCAAGCAUUCGUGUCGAAUUCUCCCAAACUCUUUUGCCCUAAAAACAGAAGCUUUGACAUUGAUGCCAUCUACAGCGUGAUCGACGACGCCAAGCAGUACGUGUAUAUUGCAGUCAUGGACUACCUACCCAUCUCCAGCACAAGCACCAAAAGGACUUACUGGCCGGACUUGGAUGGGAAAAUCAGAGAAGCAUUAGUUUUGCGAAGUGUUAAAGUUCGGCUCCUUAUAAGCUUCUGGAAGGAAACUGAUCCCCUUACCUUUAACUUUAUUUCGUCUCUUAAAGCUAUUUGCACUGAAAUAGCCAACUGCAGUUUGAAAGUUAAAUUUUUUGAUCUGGAAAGAGAGAAUGCUUGUGCUACAAAAGAACAAAAGAAUCACACCUUUCCUAAAUUAAACCGUAACAAGUACAUGGUGACGGAUGGUGCAGCUUAUAUCGGAAAUUUUGACUGGGUGGGAAAUGAUUUUACCCAGAACGCGGGCACGGGCCUUGUUAUCAACCAAGCAGAUGUGAGGAACAACACAAGCAUCAUUAAGCAGCUGAAAGAUGUAUUUGAGAGGGACUGGUACUCACCCUACGCCAGAAGCUUACAGCCAACCAAACAGCCGAACUGCUCAAGCUUGGUCAAACUCAGACUCCCCUCAAACAAAACUGCCACAUACAACGCGAGUGGGAAGGACCCCGCGAGUGUGUAACACGAACGAACACACUGACAGCUUGUAUUUCAUAUUUAUACAUAAAGGACUUGAGGAGAGAAAAUCCAUUUAAUAUGUCUUUUUUAGGAGGAAAAAAAAGCACACUUAUAGAAAAUAAUCUCUGAACGCCAUGUAAUAUCUAACCAUAUCUUCGCGGCGUGUACAUGAAAUUUAAGACUUUUGUAUUUGUUAUUUCUGACAGAGAAUGUCAUUUUGGCUUGGAAGUUAGUUUUUACGUUUGCAUACAGAUUUUAAGACUUUGAUGCCUCUUUCUUUCUAGUUUUAGAACUUUUUCUGCUGACUCACCUGGUCCAGUCUUAGGAAGCUUAGCAUGUAAGCUCUUUAACCCCAUUCUGAGAACUGACUGAGAAAGCAGAGUGAGGAUCUCACCUUGGAGAAGAGAUCAAACCAAGUAUUUAUCCUUAUAAACCAUCUCCAGGGCCUAUAUAGUCAUCUAAGCAUGAAAUUCUCAUGCCAGCUUUCAGUACCCUGGGAAAAUACUCUUUCUGCCUCCCUGUUCAUUUUCUUCUAAUACUGUAGCUUUUGUUUUGUAUCGUUUUUCUUUUCACAAGAAGUUCUUAUGAUGUAGUGUCCCUAUACUCACCUCAACACUCGUUCCAAGUGCGAUAAUAUCUUUUGAAAGUGUAUGAAUUCCUCAGAACGAAUACAAAAUGGAAAUAGCAGUCUUUAAUUUUCACCUUGCAGCUACAUUUUUCCCUACCAAGUUGGUGGUAUUUGAAAACCACAGCCAGCAAUAUAUACCCUUUCUCUCAAGCUCAGAAAAGUUAGCUAGCCCCCUGCUAAUACCCAGCAAGCUAUUAUGUCUGCAUUAUGAGAAUAGAGUAGUUUUUCACAUUUUUGCCUAGUUCAUGGGGUUAUAAAGGAAAGAGCUCCAUGUGUCAGUGGAUUUUAAUUUCUUUAGAAUAAUUAUGCUAUUAAGAGUAUGCCAGCAAACAUUUAUAGAGCUAUUUAAUAUACCUUCUGCUAUUUAAUAUACCAAAUGCUUUUCAGAGAAAUGCAAUUUAAAUAACGAGCUUAACAUAUUUUACUAAGAAACAAAAAUAUUGGAUUAUUGUUCUAUACUAUCAUUGUAUGUUGUUGUUUUCUAUCUAUACAAUGUAUAACCCUAUAUUAAUGGAGACUGUUGCUACCCUAGAGAGAGCACGGCCUCUUCGAAGCCCAGAGCCGUCAGGCUGCCCAGUCUUGUUGCCUGACUCUCUGGUCUGGAACUCCCUGUGCUGCUUGGCCUCGGGUUUCUUUUGAUAAUGUAGGGACAGUAAAUACUCACCUACCUCGGGAAGAUGUUGUCAUGGUAGGAAAUAUUUAUAACUUGUUUUGAAAUCAAAAGAACCUAUAUAAAUGCAAAGCAUUAUGACGUAGAAUCUUUUUCUUGAAAUACUUUUUGUGGUAUCCUGAUAGAAUCAAUACCAGGUUCUCCCCCGAGAACCUCCAAGGGGAAACAAAUCCAGUUGCAAAUGUGGAGGAACACAGCAUUGCCAAAACCCUGCUGGAGAUCGUCAUUCCUGCUGGGAUGGUCAUCAGUUUGUCGGGUCUCUUUGGCUUAAAGAACACCAACAUAAAACUAGACAUUGUGCUAGGGAUUAUCUUUAGGACUGGCAUGUACAUGUGUUUUCAGAGCAAAGAAAAGCAAUCUCAAUGACUUUUUUCUAUUUCUAGAUUUGAUUACUAAUAUGCUAGAACGAGUAAUGAAGGAACCCAGAAAUCUUAUCCAGUGGUUUUCUUGGUGUACAAUGGCUAUUGUUGGUCAUCCAGCAAUCAAAUAACUUUCAUUCUUAUUGUUUCCAAGUAUUGCUUUCCUGGAUGUUUAACAGGCAGUGAAGAGCUGGAAGAGAGCUGUAUUUUAAGGGUGACACUUUUUAUGAAUGACUGGGGGAUUCUUAAUGAAACUUUUCAUUAAUAAUGGCCAGCCCAUAAAAUCUCAAUAUUUACCAUAUACCCAAUCUCUGUUUCUGUAGGGAGCUGUCCAGCCAGUCAUCUCAAUAAAGUAAAGGUGGUUUGGGUGAUGAUUGAAAAGGAAGAAGGCAAAAGAAACCAAGCCAAGAGCAGACAUAGAGACAAACACACCAAGUUCAAUCCUGGGCCAAGAAAAGCAACUGGGGCUGAGUUUGUAAAGGACAUGUGAAGGGAUGAGAGGUAACUACCUUGUCAGUUCUCAAGUUGUCUCCUGGAGUAUUUGUCACAGCCACGGGACGUGCAUAUGCUUGGUGCAAUGGGGCCCCUUCACUGUCACUAUCUUUAUAUGGGAUAGGAGAAGAGAAUUUUGUCCUUAGCCAAAUGACCACCAUUGCCAUUUUCCUCUGAGCCCCAUCAAACAGGUGGCACCAGGAACUGUGCCCUGGGAUUUUGUGCCAUGCACCAGCAGCAGCAGCCCUGCCUGCCUGCCCAGCAGCCCACCUCUUCAAGGUGGUUCAGGCGGCAGCAGCCAAGCCACCAACGCCAGGAGGCAAGAGGGCCUUCUGUGGCAGCCACAAAAACAGCCCCCGUGCAGAGUGUCCCAAAGGGAUCCAUGUCUCCUAAAGGAAAUCUAAUUCUGCAGAACUUUCUUUUUCAUUUGGAUGCUUUCUGGACCCCUCUAGAAGUGAUCUUCCUCUUUUAAACUGUCUAUGCUAAACAGACUACCGACUUCCAUUUCUCCCCCACAAACGCCCCAGGAGUUAUUUCCCAGGGGGUUGGGGAAAGAAAAGCAAAUAUAAUCUGAGACUGUAUUUUAGGUUUCUGUGCGACUAACAUUAACCUAGUGCCUUAUUUAUUCUCAAGCAUGAAUUUUAAACAGUGACCACUAUAUCUAUGAGUAUACUUCUGCUUACUGUAGAGUUCCAUAGGAACUUCUGAUGGACCUUCCGGCUGAAAACUUGCAUACGAGUGUCUACAGUUUUUAUGCAUCCUGCUCUCCUCCCAAGCCACACAACUUUGAUCACCCCCAAAUCAAACCAUUGACACACACUGUUAAAUGUCAAUACUGUUGGCUUCCACUGCACUGCCACUGUCCACUAGCAUAUCAAGUAAUUGAACAUGCUUAUGAAACCGCUGGAGAGGACGUGGAACAUUCUAGAUUAUACCCAUGCUCUGUAAACUGUACAUUGAGGGUACCUGAAAAUGAUAAAAGCGAGGCACACUGAAAAUGUCCCCACUGUCUUUAGAGGACUUCCAAAGUCUCGUGGGACACAAUGAAAACUAGUGUCUUUAAAAAGUCAAAGCAGACUCAGUAAAAGGAAUGAAAGGGCUGUGGAAAAACUUUGCAUCUAUGUAGCUCUGGCCCUACUUUUCCCAUUUGGGCUGUAUUUGUGCUGUUGGUUGUCUCACUUCUGAUUUGGUUCUUAGUGAGAUGGGUCUGAUCACAUUUUGGGCUGAUCUUACCGUUUGAAAAACAUGUUUUGUUACUGCAGUUACUGGUUUGUUAAAAGUGCCUCACUGAACCUGGGAGUGACAGAAGCUCAUUUCCUGCCAGCCUGUGGCUAUUCUCAAGUGACUCUGAGUCAGUCUGAGUUUUCGGUUAGCGUUUUUACUGAACUAAAUUCCAAGGGGGAAAAAUUAAAAGACCAUAAGAAUUUCUUGAUAAGAUCAGACCCAGGGUCCGUCUGUCUCAGGAAUUCGAUCCCAGAAUCUGCCUUUUUAUCAUAUGUAAGACCACUUGUAUGAGUUUCUUUGUCCAAAAUCCAUUCCAUGAUUAUUAACAUUUAAGGAAUGGGAAAAAACUGCCUUCGCUCACAACAGAACAGUCAUCUUCUGUAAUGAAAGAUACUUUGUUCUUGCUCACUCAAACUCAGUCCCUUACAAACAGCCCUAGAUAUUGUGGAUCAAUGGUCGAUUUUUUGGUUUCCUGUACUUAUUCUUAGUGACCUUGUGCACUUUACUAGAAGCCAUUUUGAAGGAGAAAUUAAUGGAAUAUUCAUUUGGCCUAAGGCAGAUUGGAUAAAUUAAUCCAUAUUUAGCAUUUUUGCAUUUGCUGUGAUUUAGCAUAUUUCCUUUUCCUUAUAUACUUUGGUAACCAAAUAGCUAUUUAUUAUUUUCACCUAAUUAGUUUAAAUUGGUGGAAGAUUUUCAAUAGCCCUGAAGUCAAUCCCAGUUCAUAGCCUACCUUUUCCAUUUGAGAGAAUUUCCAUCUUUGGCUGAAUUAUGAAGAUAACUGCUUUUUAUGGUGACUAGCUAGCUAGGUAUUCUUCAGAGGUUCCUUGAAAUGGCAAAAACUGAAUUUUCUUAUUUUUGACCCAUUGGCAGUCUUGUAUUUAUGGAGUUCUAUAAAAGGUCACUGAUCACUUUUAUGCUCCUUUUGGCUAUUUGAUGAAAAGAACUGUGAGAUUUAAUUGGCUGUUAUGCAUUUUCUUUUGCUAUGUUCAACUACUAAACUUCUAAUUCUUUCACAAAGGAUAUCUUGAAUUUUUAAUGUUUCGUUAUGUAAAUAGGAUAAAGUUGUACCUGGACAUAUCUAUAUUACUAACCUUAAGAUACCUAAAUAAAUUGGUGUGAUAAAGGGCUGAAUUUGGAGACAUCAUUAAAAUUCUCAAACCUUUCUUAUAAGCAAGUGCUGAAUUUUUUUCAGAAUUAAAUAUGUGGUUUUCUUUUCCAUUCUGUGAGGUGAGGCAUUUAUUUUUCUCUUCAGCUUGAUCUUAGAAACAAACCACUCUCUUAUGACUUCCAAGCUCUACUCCAAGUGAUGAAUUAAGUCUGCAGCUGGGCCACUGGGCUCUGUUCCCAACAUUUUGUAUAUUUGCCCAAAGAGGCAUCUUAGUAAUGAUAUCCCUGUCUUUAUAUAUAUAUAUAUAUAUAUAUA